CCAUGUGUUUGCAGCAGCGUGUACACUGAAGGCAGCAGGUCGAUCGCAAGCAGCAACUGUUUUAAACUUCUAAUCAGAUCUGUUGCUCGAACAUGUCUUUCCGUGGAGGUGGUGGAAGAGGAGGACGUGGAGGAGGUGGUGGAUUCGGCAGAGGAGGGGGUGGAUUCGGCCGAGGAGGGGGUGGAUUCGGUAGAGGCGGUGGAGGUAGGGGAGGUUUUGGAGGACGAGGAGGUGGCAGAGGAGGUUUUAACAGACAGCAGGACUUUGGGCCUCCAGAAUAUGUUGUCGCCCUGGGAGAGUUCGUCCACCCAUGUGAGGACGAUAUUGUGUGUAAGUGUGUGACUGAAGAGAACAAGGUUCCCUAUUUCAACGCUCCUGUGUACUUGGAGAACAAAGAGCAGAUUGGUAAAGUGGAUGAGAUCUUCGGCCAGCUUCGAGGCUUUUACUUUUCAGUUAAAUUGUCAGAUAACAUGAAGGCGUCGUCAUUCAAGAAAUUACAGAAGUUCUACAUUGACCCAGCAAAGCUGCUGCCUCUCCAGAGGUUCCUCCCGAGACCACCGGGUGAGAAAGGUCCUCCUCGAGGUGGCAGAGGCGGGGGCAGAGGGGGUGGACGAGGAGGUGGCUUCCGCGGGGGCAGAGGAGGCGGAGGCCGUGGAGGUGGUGGUUUUGGAGGAGGUGGUUUUGGAGGAGGUGGUUUUGGAGGAGGUAGAGGAGGAGGAUUCAGAGGUGGACGUGGAGGCGGUGGUGGCCGAGGUUUCAGAGGUGGAAGAUGAUAGUAAAUGGCACUAUUCUUGCCUAAGAAGAACCUCUAUGGAGAUGAAACAAAGAGAAGCAGUUACAGGAGGUUGGACCACUGCACCAACAAUUAACUGCCUCCUAUACAGCUCAACCUCUUUUUUUAUUAUUAUUUUUAAUGUAUACUUUUUCAGAUGUGUAAUCAGUUGAUGCUAAACGUUUGCAAUUGACCUGAAUGUGUGUCUAAAUGUCUCCAUAAUUAUGGCUGAGGGACACUGACUUUUAGACAUGUUUUCCCUUUGUUGGUUGAAUUAGGAUCGAUGUUACACCAGUGUGCUAUGUAAAAACCUUUAUAAAUGAAAUGCACAAUGCCCAGGGUUGAGUAGUAUGUUCAUGUAAACAUUUGGCAGAUGGAACUGUGUUCAAAUCAUUAGACAUGUCUUCACUCCCUGAUGUACAAUAGCAUGGAAACAGUGCUAAUGGUAAAUAAAUCUAUGGUGUUCGUAAA